AUGUCGCCGGAGACUUUGGCAGCCGUUAGGUUAGACACAAGAUGGGAUUUUGUUCGGUGGUGCAGGCCUACGAGUGAUUAUUUCAAUUUCUUCGGGGCGUGUCUAUAUGUCCGGAAUCCCUACGCCGUGUAUGUUCGUGGGUUGUUUCUGGCCUUUAAAACAUGUGACAUCAACGAAGCUCUUCUAGUCCUCAGUACCAUUAAAGACAUCUACCCAGUUAGGGAAUUGGCUUAUUACAUGCUGCAAAGCUGCGCAGGUUGCCUAUCAGAAAAAAAUUACUACGAGUUGAAGAGUAAGUAUCCUUUCGAAACCAUAGCCACAACAGCAGAUGCUCUAAUGCGCCACAUUUACAAUAUUGGUCCUCGCUGCUGUAGAACAUACUCUGAUACUUGGCAUUUUGAAGAUUUCCCAACAUGUUGGGAGCACCAUGAAGCAGUUGGUGAGUAUAACGGCCAGCGUUGUAUGGAUUGCAUUUACUUCUACAUUUCUAGAGAUAUUUUACUUCUUUCGUAA